AUGUCCUCAGACCAGACCCUGGACCGGACCCUGGACCGGACCUUGGGCCGGACCCUGGACCGGACCCUGGACCGGACCCUGGACCGGACCCUGGACCGGACCAUGGGCCGGACCCUGGACCGGACCCUGGACCGAACCAUGGGCCGAACCUUGGAGCGGAUGCACUCUGUUGGGGGGGACCGGCGAGACUCUGAGGGGGGCGAGAGACUGGACUCUCUUGGAGGAACAGUCUCCUCUGGAUGGGACGACGAGGAUCUCAGAGAGGCCGUGAGCUCGCUGGCUCGCCGCAACCGAAUGGGCCAAGACUGUGGACUGCAGGACAUGGACAGCGGACCGUUCGAGGACCACAGCUCCGAGUCCACGUUCAGAGACUCUCGGUCCCAGUCCCAGGACUCUCCCCCAGACCUGCCUUCAGACCUGCCCCUGGACCUGCCCCGGCCCACGUGCUUCCGCUCACGUUCCCACAGUUACCUCAGAGCCAUCCAGGCCGGCUGCUCCCAGGACGACGACUCGCUGUCACUGGACUCCACGUCGCCACCCCCCACGGAGAGCAGCGUCCGCACCUACAGCACAGACGAGGUGUCGGCUCAGUGGGCCCAGUGGAAGCAGCAGUUCGGCUCUUACCUCAGAGCCACAGGUUUAGACAAAGCUCCCAAAGAGAAGCAGCUGGAGGCUUUACUGCAGAGACUGGACCUGCACCGGCCCCCAGCCAGGAGCCCUGCCCGACCCCCCACCAGGGCCUCCACCAGGGCCUCUGCUAACAGCAACAAGAGCUCAGUUUCCACCUGCGUCUCCACCUCUAAGCGCCCGCCCCCCGUGCCCCCCCGCACCACAUCCAAACCCUACAUCUCCGUCACAGUCCAAAGCAGCACCGAGUCAGCCCAGGACACCUACCUGGACGAGUGCCGCAGGUCCGAACUCUCCCACCAUCACCCCCAUGUGGACGACAGUCGGAGGUCCGAACUCUCCCACCAUCACCCCCAUGUGGACGACAAUCGGAGGUCCGAACUCUCCCACCAUCACCCCCAUGCUGAUGAUAGCCGGAGGUCCGAGGUCUCCCAUCAUCACCCCCACGUGGACGACAGUCGGAGGUCCGAGCUCUCCCAUCAUCACCCCCAUGUGGACGACAGUCGGAGGUCCGAGCUCUCGCACCAUCACCCCCAUGUGGACGACAAUCGGAGGUCCGAACUCUCCCACCAUCACCCCCAUGCUGAUGAUAGCCGGAGGUCCGAGGUCUCCCAUCAUCACCCCCACGUGGACGACAGUCGGAGGUCCGAGCUCUCCCAUCAUCACCCCCACGUGGACGACAGUCGGAGGUCCGAGCUCUCCCAUCAUCACCCCCAUGUGGAUGAGUGCCGGCGGCCCCUGGUGUCCCACCAGUCCAGCCAAGCUCACAGCAACUCGUCCGACAGCCUGGAUAGCACGCGAGCUAACAGCCUGGCACGGGGCAUCAGGAGGCCUCCACCAAUCACAGCCACUGCACGACACACACACAGAGAUCCUCUAACCCAAAGAGAAACUAACGAAGCCAUCGCCCCCCGAGCCCACUGCACCACCGCGACGAACGACUGUGAGAGUGACACAUCAGCAGCUAACAGCACGACUAAAGCUAACGGCACGUUAACAGGAGCAGCUAAAACUAACGCCAUGCUAUCCCCCGAGGAGCCACAGGAAGCACCGGCUCCGAGGAGAAAACUGUCCUCCAUCGGAAUCCAGGUGGACUGUUUCCCAGAAGUCUCUAGCCCCGCACCCCGAGAGGACACGCCCCCUCUGAGCCGCUUUACGUCCAUCGGGGUGCAGGUGGAGGAUGGCUGGCAGUUAAGUCGCUCCAACAGCGUCGCCUCCAAACAGGAAGCUGACUCUGAUACUCAGGAAAUGCCCCCUUCAUACAAGCCCCAAUCAAAAUCCUCUGAGAAGAAAGUGAUGGUCAGUUGCGGCAGCCAAUCAGUGGCUCAGGACUCUCUGGACCAGGAUGCGCCAGCCCCCUUGAGCCCGCCAAUCAUGCGACAGAUUCUCAACAGAUCCACCACACGGAGCAGCUCAGACUCCUUCUCUGAGAGCUUAGACGCCAGUCUGGACCCGGCUCUGGACCCUUCCUGCCUGCCUCCUCCGGACCCGUGGCUGGACAGCGGGGUUUCUGGGGGGGGCGAGGAGGGUGAGGAGGGGGUGAACGUGUGCUGCAGGGACGGACACUGGUUCCUGAAGCUGCUGCAGGCUGAGAGAGGCCGCAUGCAGGGCUGGUGUGAGCAGAUGGAGCAGGAGACCAAGGACCACCAGCUCUCAGAACAUGUGUUGGCUAAAGUGCGCAGUGCGAUGAGCAGCGCUCGGCUCCUCAUGAAGCAGAAGUUCCAGCAGUUUGAGGGACUGUGUGAGCAGAACCUGGAACCCCUCUCCUCCCCCCGGCCCUCCCCCCAGGACCUGGCCGUGUCCUGGGACCUCCUGCAGGUCUCAAUUGAGGACAUCAGCCUGAAGUUUGAUGAGCUCUACCACCUCAAGUCCAACGAGUGGCAGCCACUUGAGAGGAAGGGCCACCAGCAGAGGGGGCCAUGUGUGCUGAAGAAGCCCACUGAGGCUCGCCCGUCUCUGGGUCGGGAGAAGAGCGUGGACUGCCCCCCUCCGGAGCCUCUAGGGCCCACGCUCACAAGGGUGUCCCCAGAAAGGGCGCAUCCUUCAGACAGAACUCAGCCACGGAGAGUACGGACAGUUUGGAGCUGUACGUGCCCGAAGCGCAGACGCGACUCUGAGCGCAGGGAGAACAUGCAACAGACUCAGAAGGCGGGAUGGAUACGGGUCACAGGAUGGAUCUGA